AUGACUCCACGGAGGAAAACAAUGACAACCAGUCAAAUGGAAAAGGCAAAGAAGAGGGGAAAGCGAGACAAGGCGUCAGUGGAGUGCGAAGGAUGUGAGAAAUGGGUGGAUAUCAGCGAGACACCGUUCGAAUCAUGCACGGAGGCGGAGAACAGUACAUACAAAUGUAAGGAGUGCAAGGAAAAUGAGGUGAGAAGAAUCACCUUGGAGGAGGAGAUCGAACGGCAAGUUAAUGCCUUGAGAGAGGCAAUGAGAGUGAAGCUGGAGGAGGCAAAGGCAGAGAGAGCGGCCAUAGAAAGUAGGAUGUUGGCGAAGCUCGAAGAAGAGAGAACCUUGAGAAUAGCGACGGAAGAGAAACUGAAAGCAAUAAUGCAGGACGAAAGGAACAAGAGAGAAAAAUUAGGGGAGGUGUUUAAUGACUGGAUGAAGUCAUGUGAACCAGAGCAAAUGACGGUCAACGGGGCUGAAAACGCGCCGCAACAGCUGGAACCGAGAAACGGGGUUAAAGAAAAGAAGACAUACCACACGGACGGGAAAGAGACAGUUAGCUUUUCCCAAGAACGGACGGGAAGUGGAGAUCUGGAUGAGGAGCAGGGAAGACAGACGACUGGAGGCCAAACACAAAGAAGCCAGCACAGGAACUACAAGGAGGCCCUCAUGAGGCAGAGAGCAGACCCAGAUGACGGGACAAAGGAACAGGACAAAGAGAAGAAGGUGGACAAGAGAGUCUUAGUGGUAGGGGACACCAAUGCCUUCAAGAUAAAGAGAGCCACACUGAAGGUGGUAGAUUACGACAAGAAAGUUCACUUUGCAACUAAGCCGGGAGCACAACUGAGAGAGUCACUCGAGAGAGCAGAGAGGGAUGGGAAAAUAUGA